GACCAGCAACAUUUCGAGUAUCGUCGUCGACCGGUUUGCUGUUCGAUUCAAUAGUUUACUUGUGCUUCUGCUUUUCUUUCGGUUGAAAGCGAGAAAACUACGGUUCACCAAAACAGUGUAAUAAUGGCUUUCAAGUAUGUGGUGCUUGCCUCGACCUUGCUGAUGGCGCUGGUGGCAGCCUAUCCGGGAUCUUACGAAGAGUACUAUGCCUCGGAGCACGAACAGCCGGCCGAAGAACAUCAGUACGGACAGAUCGCUCGGAUUUCGCUCGGAGAUAGCGGCCAUGGACACCACGACUUUGGCCACCACGAGGAGGAACACGUUGAUUACUAUGCCCCACCGAAGUACGCCUUCAAAUACGGCGUCAACGAUUUCCACACCGGUGACGUCAAGAGCCAGCAUGAAACCCGGGACGGAGACGUCGUCAAGGGCCAGUAUUCGCUAGUGGAACCUGAUGGCUCGGUGCGAACCGUCGACUACACUGCCGACAAGCACUCCGGCUUCAAUGCGGUCGUCCACAAAACGGCUCCAGUUGCCCACCACGGAGGAGAACACUACUAAAUGGAUUGGCUGAUCCAUGAUGUUUUCCCGUCUUCUGAUUGAGGAUCUGUUAAUUAGUGUUUUAUGAAAAUGAUUCAUCAUGUGAUUGUUGGGUUUGCCUUGUCUUACCAAAAAGUAGAUUUUUUUGCUUAAUAGGGGAAUGUAUUUGAAAAACUAUCAUGAAAGCUCUCCAAAACGGAUUGAUGACGACAUUUGGUCACAAGGCUUCCGGGGAUAAAAUCGAAGUUUGGUGCAAAAACCGUUGGUUGUUCUGAACUGUGAUACUCUUUGUUACUUGUUGUUACUGCUUGUUAGUGCUUUUCCAUUUUUCAUGAAUCCAUUUCAAAAUCGUGCAUAAAGUAGCCAUCUAACGAACGGUUUGUAUCAAGCUUCGAUCGAUCAUCGUGUGAAGGCCACUUUUAGACAUCGUAAAACAGUCUUCACAUGUGUUUUAACCAUGUUUUCCAGAAGCUCGCCAAUUUGUAUUGAACGAUAAACGGUCAAACGUAACGAAAGUGGCAACGAGUUGAUUUAUGUAAAUUAUUGACUACCAUAGGGAACGCGAGUUUUCAAAUCGCGACUGUUUAAAAAAAAAAUCGAACAAGUUGUUUGCAGUUGCUGCCUUUUCCUCAUACAAACAUUGGCCUUUUUUUAUUGAUUAAAUUAAAAAGUAGGUACUGGCACUUGAAAUCAAUAAACAAGCGAUGGAGUUGAAGUUUCCGCUAUUACUAAAUCAGUUUGGACGGGUUUGGAACCACAUUUCAUGACAACUCCAAAGCCAGGAAAUUUACACGGAAAUCUCGAUUCAAAACGUUUUUCUCCGGCCAUUCCUGCGCGUGUCAUUAUGUAACCAAUCUUCUUCAAACGAGAUUGAGAAAAACCUGCCUUUCAACUCCUUCGCUAAGCCAGGGCAAGUCUUACAGGAGAACGUUGAUCAACCACAACCGUGCCCCCAUCGAACGAGUUACCGGUGUUACAUUCAUGGGCGCCAUACAAAAACAAGCCUUGCCCAUCACUUUUCCUUUCGUUGAGCUAAUCUUCAAGUUAAUACCGCUUUUUUUUUCAAACCCCCCCUAAGUGUAUAAACUUCAGCAAAAAAAACAAACCGUGAUUCAUUUGGCGAAGCGGUUUUGCUUUUCAUUACCAACACCCAACACAAGUAUGAGAAACUAAGAAAAAAGGGAAAACCCCUUCUAGCUGCGCGGAGGGUUUGUAACUUGUGUGUGCAUAAACGGAGUCGGAAUACUCGCUUCCGACUUGAUGUUGUAUGUUGUAUUUAUGUUGAUAGGUGUUUAUAACUAUACUGCCCAGAGAAAGAUAGACAGAGAGAGAGAGAGAAAAAGAGAACUCUUACUAGAGUUGAUGAUGAUACCUCGGAAAGACAGUACAGACACGCACGUGGGCCUUAAGUCGUGUCUUUAGUUAGAGUGGAUCGAAUCAAUUAGAGCUAGCGAUGUUUUCAUUGUAAGACUAAUUACCAGUACGCGUUCCAGCCUAACUUUGUGUGGGCAGCUCUGACGAGCGAUUGAAGUAUGUAUAUGUAUGUAAAAAAGUAUAAAUAAAAUAAUUGUAUCAAAUAAAAUACCGA